GACCGUGUUUCCCGCCCAUAAGUUAUCUACCCAAGGCUGUGCUGGGUAGUCAGUGCGAGCUGUCCUUUCCCACCAGGAUGAGCCUGCCGGCAAACCAAGCUAAGGAGGCCAGCCAGGAGUCCCUGCCCGCAAACCAACUCAAGGAGCACAGCCCGGAGCCCCGGAUCCUAUGCUCCGACCCGGACAUCGUCGUGGAGCUGAAUGUAGGAGGGCAGUUCUACACCACCACCAUGGGCACCCUGAUGAAACACCCAGGCUCCAAGUUUCCAGAGAUACUAUCCAGAUCAGCUAAACACUACAAAGACGCACAGGGCCGCUUCUUCAUUGACCGUCCCGGCGCCUACUUCGGGCCUAUCUUGGACUACCUACGCACUGGGCAGGUGCCCAGAGAGCACAUUCCUGAGGUCUACCGUGAGGCUAAGUUCUACCAAAUCCAUCUUCUGGUCAAGAUGCUGGAGGAUAUGCCACAGAUCUUUGGGGAGCAAGUGGCCCGGAUGCAGUUCUUGCUGGGAGUGCCAAACUACAGAGAGAACCUGGAGGUCCUGCUGCACCUGGCUCGGGCAGAGGCCGUGGCAAUGCGCUCGUCAAAGGUGGUGGUGUGUGUGGUGCACACGGAGGAGGAGGAUGCCAAGUGUGCGGAGCCGUUGCAUAUCUUGGAGGCCAAAAAGACGCCCGUUGUCAAAUUUGGGCCCUGGAAGGCAGGCCCUGGGACGGAGGACUUUGUGCACUGCCUGGAGAAGGACAUUAGAGCCCAGGGGUAUAAGGUGUCCCCUCAGAGGUACCAUCUGAGUAGGGACCCCUACACAUGCUUCUGGAUAUUCGUCUUCACUUGGUGGUGAUCCCUAGGAGGGGGCGCUGUUGGUUAGGGGCCGUGGUAGGACUUGCGAAAUCAGUUGCCAUCAAAAUCCAUAUUCUAAAGCUGAGCCCGUAGUUCCAGCCCUUGGGAGGCUGAGAUAAGAAGACUCCCAUGAGUUCGAGGCCAGACUUGGAUAUAGACUAAAACCCCAUUGAAAUGACUCAGGAGAGGCCAGGCUACCCUGACUCCACACCUGCUCCCCUCUGGAUCCACAUCUGCUUGCCAGAAUAAAGUAGGGUUCUCCCAUCUUCUGAGAAAUGAAGCUUGUCAAAUAUUUAACAAAGUAUAGCCGGAAACUUCUCCGGUCCCACCCUGCCCCGCGGUCCCACAACCACUUAGAAAAUAAUCACUCGAGGCUUAUAUUAAUUACAAACUGUAUGGCCUAUGGCUUCAGCUUCUGGCUAGCUAGCUCUUUCAUCUUAAAUUAACCCAUUCCUAUCAAUCUAUAUGGUGCCCUGUGGCUGUGGUGCUCCCGGUCUGCUGACAUCUUGUUGCUCCUUUGGUGGCGGCUGGUGUCUCUCCCGACUCUGCCCUUCUCUCUGUAUCUCUGCUUGGACUUCCCACCUGGCUGUAAGCUUUCUUGCCAUAGGCCAAAACAGCUCAAUUUAUUAUCCAAUGGGAGCCCCACAUAUUCACAGCAUACAAAAAGACAUCCCACAGUAGACAAAGGGUUCCUCCUUGCUUGCUGGGAAAUAACCCUGAUGUAAAAACUCCCCUAGCCUGCACCUGGUGUGAUGUAAUGUGGCUUUGUCUUUAUAAACUCUGUGGUUCUCAACUUGGGGGCCAAGAGUUCUUUGUGGCAGGAGUCUGACAUCAGUCACAGAUUAAAUAAAGGACUGAUCUGGC